AUGGACAACCUGGAGUCACAGCUCAAGAAUGUCCCCUAUUUUCACUGCGAGAAGGGAAACGAUUCUGCUCCCGUGUGCCAGAAGUGUGAAACGUGCAUCUUGGCCAGCAAGGUCUUCUUCACCAAAGAGUGGUUCCAAAGGAUCGGUGAGGUGGAGCAGAGGAGGUUUCUAGUUAGCGUUCUGGGGCAGUUAGAUAGCUUACACUUGUUGCAGUAUUUUCAAAAUAUCCUUCAGACCACACAGGGGAAGGAUUUCAUCUAUAGCAAGUCCCAGAUCAACCUGAGCAAGAAGGAAGGGGAAGUCAUGAAGUUCACCUUGAACCAGAUGUUGGACAAGACAGUAGAACAGAAGAUGAGGGAGAUACUGUGCUGGUUUGGGAGCAGCACCCCCCGAACUAAGGCAGAUUACACACUCUCGCUGCUGCAGAUGUGCACCCCCAAGUUACUGCUCACCGCUGCCCAUGUCAUCAGAGUCCUACUGCAGAGAGAGCAGAACAACAUUUCAGUCUUUUGUUUUUCAGGGUUUGCGCAAGACUCCAAUUUUGUGUUUUCUUUCCCUGGAAAAGACUACAACCCCCAGUAUGAUACUUCAAAUGUCUGCUGGGAAUCCAAGAGCACAUCCUUCCCUUCGUCCAAAGAUUCGGGAAGAGAAAGCUUGCUUAAAAAUGCUGGGCUGGAAGCACCUGCUGCGGGACAAUGGAAGAGUUCGCUCAAGUGUAUCUCGGAGAUGAAUAGGCUAUUUUCCAAAAAAGAAGACAUGCCCAAGGCAGGGUACAUCCCCUCCCAUCUGUUGGUUGACCUGGAUGCUGUCAGAGACUUGUCAUCUGGGGCCAGCAAAUACCAGGACUUCAUUCGUCACCUGCCCAUCCACCUCUCCAAGUAUAUUCUAUGUAUGCUCGAUAAAACCACCCUGAACAGAUGUGCCUCUGUGAGCCGGCACUGGGCCACGGUGGCCCAGCAAGUCAAGACGGACCUCUUGAUGCACACGUUCGUUCACAACCAGAUCGCCUUAUUGCAGGGGUCCUACACAAAGGGAAUAGAUCCUACCUACGCCAACAAGCUUUUUAUUCCAGUUCCUAAAAUGACAGAUGAUGGAAAGCGCACACGUGUGAAAAAUCAGAAAUGGAAACUGAGAACAAAGACUGACUACAACCUGUGGACGGCAUACCAGAACCAGGAGACCCAGCAGAUCCAGAUGGAGGAGAGAAAUGUCUUCUGCGGGACUUACAACAUCCACAUUCUCUCUGACACGUGGGACAGGAACAGAGUCAUCCACUAUUCUGGGGGAGACUUGGUAGCUGUGUCAUCCAAUCGGAAGAUCCAGCUUCUGGACGUCGUACAAGCAAAAGAGGUCCCCAUCGAGUUCCGAGGCCACGCGGGGAGUGUGCGCGCCCUGUUCCUGUGCGAGGAGGACAGCUUCCUCCUGAGCGGGAGCUACGACCUGAGCAUCAGAUACUGGGAUCUGAAAAGUGGGACUUGCAUACGAAUCUUCAAUGGCCACCAGGGGACAGUCACUUGCAUGGAUUUAUGUAAGAACAGGCUCGUAUCUGGAGCAAGAGAUUGCCAGGUGAAAGAGUGGGAUGUAGAGACAGGGAAGUGCGUAAGGACGUUUAAGCACAAAGACCCCAUCUUGGCCACCAGGGUCAACGACACCUACAUCGUGAGCAGCUGUGAGCGAGGGAUAGUGAAAGUGUGGCACAUUGUCAUGGCUCAGCUGGUAAAGACUCUCAGCGGCCACGAGGGAGCGGUGAAGUGCCUGUACCUUGACGAGUGGCACCUCCUCUCGGGAAGUAGCGAUGGCCUGGUCAUGGCCUGGAGCAUGGUGGGGAAGUAUGAGCGAUGCCUCAUGGCCUACAAGCAUCCCAAGGAUGUGCUCCACGUGGCCCUUCUCUUCCUCCGGGUCAUCAGCGCCUGCGCAGAUGGCAAGAUCCGCAUUUACAACUUCCUGAAUGGGAACUGCCUGAAGGUGAUGAAAGCCAACGGCAGAGGUGAUCCCGUGCUGUCCUUCUUUGUUCAGGGCAACAGGAUGUUGGUCAACACGGAGAGCAACGUCCUCCUGUUCCAGUUUGAGAACGUAAAGUGGCAGUACUCCCUGGAGCGGGCCAAGCCGAAGAAGAACAAAGAUAAAGAGGAGGACCGGGAGGACAGCCCCCUCGAAGUCCUCUCCAAGGGCUCCGUCUCUGGGAAGCCAGCGGCGGCCCCGGAGUCCCUGCUGAGUAAACCUCAAAGGUCCCGCAUGCUCCUGAAGGCGGCCAAGGUUUCGGCAGUGUCACUGGAGGGGCCUCAAAGUCAAGGAAAGCCAAAAUCACCCCGAAGAGAUGCAGAUGAUACAGAGAAAGUACCAAAAAAAGGACAGCUGCAAACUCCUAGAGACCUGACCAGUCAUUCAAAGAAAAACUCCUGGCAAAUCUCUAUGUCCCCAGACCGGUUCCUCCUGACCGUUAAUGCCCUGCAGCAAGCCCAUAACUCAGGCGACUUUGCCUAUCCCCGUAGGCCCCAGACCCAAGUCACUGACACCUGGGGACCUUUAAUUUCACACCCAAGGAAGGUCCUUAGUUUCAAAGGAAAAUCAUUACAACAUGCAGUUGAUAGGUUGAGAGUCAGCAACCCACCCAUGGAUGUGAAACAAACCAAUAUUUUCCUUGAAGUCCAGAAACUGCAGCCCAACUUGAAGAACUCUUUGCACAGUCCCCGAGUCCAGUCCACCAUACCCCAGCCCAUGCUCAUUCGCCCCAGGGUCUCCGGCACCUUGAAGGGUGAAGAUGGAGCAGCUGGUUCACUUGACAGGACAGUGCGAAGCUUCAGCCCCUUAACCAGCAUGCAGGUCAUUAAGCCAAACCGCAUGCUGGCUCCCCCGGCAGGCAUGGCAACCCCGUCUUUCAAGAAAGAGUGGCCUCGCUGCUGCACGGCCCUCGAUUCCUUUAGAGUGAACACUGAAUUCAUGCUGCUGACUGUGCGGGAGGAGAAGGAGUACGAGGAGGCCAAGAUGAAAGAGUACCAGGCCCGAAAGCCCGCUGGAGUGAUCAACCCAGAAAAGGCCAGCAAAGCUGCCUGGAUCAGGAAGAUCAAAGGCCUGCCCAUAGAUAAUUUCAUGAAGCAAGGGAAAACAGCAGCCCCUGAGCUUGGUCCAAACGUAUUUAUCUGA